GCAGAGCGGCAACAGCUCCUGGAUCACCGCCGCCACUGAUCAUCUGUGUACGCUUCUUCUCUUUCCAUCGCGUGGAAAGUUGUAGGACUAUUCGCCAGACACUGAAUGCGCAUACAUGUCACUUGCCAGGUGAUUUGGAUCGCUGUCAAUCCAUCACUCUAUGAAAAAGAAGAGGAAGAAGAAAAACCACAUAGCUGCGCGUGUCAUGAGAUCUCUUUGGGGGACUUUUCUUUUUUUGCUCGUAUGAAAAUAUUCCAGCCUGAGAAGAAGAAUUUUUCUGUCAGUGUUGGAUGAGAGCGCGGCGCCGGAUCCUGUGCAAUAAGAGAAAUAUGGUGGUGUCGCGCGGAAUACAGCUGUUUUCUUUCAAAUGGAGAACUGCUCAGAGAGGAUAAAUUGCGUGCAAAGUUGUGCAGCUUUCUGCUGAGGGAGUUAUCCAUCCCCACCACCACCACCACCACCACCCUCCCCCGAAUAAACAUGAGUCCACGGCGAGACAUGGGUGAGACACUCCGGUGCGUGGGACUCACCGCGCUUCUCCUGUGCACAGUGGUGGAAAGCAAGGUGAUCCUGGAGGGCCUGCAGCGGUACGGCCCCACGCCGAUCUAUCUGCCUGUCAGCUACCAGAUCCUCAAUGCCGAGUCAGCGUUUUUCCUACAAGAGGCGAACCAGGACUUGAUGAGGAACUCCAGCCUGCAGGCUCGCACUGAGUCCUUCUUCAUCCACCAGGCCCGGCAGAUGCCCUCCAUCAACGCCAGCUACGGGCCGCUGUCCGUCCAGCAGCCCGUCCCUCUGGAGCUGCUACAGACGCUGCCGGGGCCUUUUAACAGCCCCUCCUUCACCUCAACAUCAUCAGUGCCAACGUCAGCAGCGUCAUCGCCUCUCUUUACGUUCAACUGGAAGGUCCACACCUACAUCAUCAGCGAGAGGAUUCACCCCAGUUGGCCGAAAGUUCAAGUGUUGUUCUACAUCGGCGGAAGGGACUGGGAUGAUUACAGCGCCAUCCACAAGCUGCCCUGCGUCCGGAUGUUCGCUUUCCAUGAGACUCAAGAGGUGCGCGGGACAUGCAGGCUAAAAGGUGAACUGGGGUUAUGUGUUGCUGAGCUGGAGCCCCUCGCCAGCUGGUUCAGCCUGCCCACCGUCAGGCCGGGCAGACAGAGAGUCUCCGAACAGGCCCAGGGCACUCCUGUGGAGCUCUACUACAUGGUUCAAACCACGGACAGCGGAGACUGCAGCUCAGAGGAUUCACGAAAGGGCAGCUCAGUUCGCCCAGACCAGCAGCGGCCGAUGGGCUAUUUCGCGGGGCAUACACCUAUGCAGCGCAUUGGGAGCGUCAGGCUGUUUCAGCCGCUGUCGGAGCUGAAGCUGGACAAUAAUUUCGUAGUCAUGGCGCCGUCCAAACCCAUCCGACAGAGAGAAACAGUUUCGACAUUUCUGGCUCUGUCCACGCUGUCUUCAGUGCCAAUCUUCACCCUCAGGGUCAAGCUGAAGGACGGCGUGGCGUUCCUGGGAGCCCGAGCCAGUAACCCUGUUGUGUGGACGGUGAGUCAGGAUGUCAGGAGUGAAGGUCACAGGGUCGUCACCCUGCACUGUAGGAGGAAGGAGAACAGUUUCAGCCAAAGGGUGGAGGCACCGGGCUACCAGCGAGUGCUGCAGGUGGACCUGGAGGUGAACGGGCUGAUGAUGACUCAAGGGGGACGGGAGGUGACAUGGCAGGUGGAGUAUCCGCUCACCCGCACCCUGACCAGCGAGGUGCCGACCCUCAUCCGCCUGGCACCGCAGGACCUGGGUGGCAUCGUGCCACUAGCCAUGGACACUGAGAUCCUCAACACAGCCGUCCUCAACGGGCGAACAGUGGCCGUGCCGGUAAAGGUAGUCACCGUUGGAACAGACGGAGCGGUGUCUGAUGUAACAGAGUCAGUGGAGUGCAAAUCAACAGAUGAACAGGUUAUCAAGGUUUCAGAGCGAUGUGACUAUGUCUACGUCAACGGGAAGGAGACAAAGGGAAAGAGCAAGGUGAUGCUCAACUUUACCUACAGUUUUCUGAGCGCCCAGCUGGAGAUGAGUGUAUGGAUGCCCCGCCUGCCCUUGCUCAUCGAUGUGGCCGACCCCGAGCUCAGCCAAAUAAAAGGCUGGAGGGUCCCUGUUAGUAUGGGCAACAGGAGGUACGAGAGGGUCACUGAUGACAAGGGUGAAGGCGCUGCAGCUGAGGAGAGCGGCGGCUGUGUGGCCCAGUAUCAGAGCACCACCCUGCGUGUCCUCACACACUUCGUGGCAGAUAUGGGAGAAGUUAGAGGAGCUGCGGAGGACGAGGGGAUGGGCCAGCAGAACUUCCUGCUGGGGAGUGACUGGCAGGUGGAGGUGACGCAACUGGUCAAGGAUUCCCUGAGGGUGGAGGUCCCGAAGGUGGCACAACUGCUGGAGGGCCAAGUUCUUAUCGGACUGAGCGCUGGAAUCACCAAACUACAGGUGUUGUCCCCUCUGACAUCAGCGGUCCUGGCUGAGAGGAGCAUCAGGGUGCUGGAUGAUAAAGUGAGUGUGACAGAGCUGGGGGUGCAGUUGGUGUCUGGACUCUCUCUGUCCCUGCAGCUCAGUCCGGGGAGCAACAGGGCCAUCGUCGCCACUGCAACCACACAGGAAGUCAUCGAAUCGCUUAAACAGGAGUCCCUCAUCAGUGCUUGGCUCCAGUUCAGUGAUGGAUCCAUGACUGCUUUAGACAAUUACAACCCUGCCCAUUUCACCUUGACAGCCACCUCUUUGGAUGAACGGGUGGUGGCGGUGCAGCGCAGCACAGCAUGGAAGUGGCCAAUCAUCAUUGCCAAGGGGGAGGGUCAGGGUUUGCUUGUGCGGGUUGAAAUGAGCCCGUCGGAGGUGUGCCAGAAAGGAAAGCGGCGUACUAUCCUAGCCACUGGAAUGGCAAACAUACAGACAAGGUUUGGUCAGGCAGAGGAGCAAUACAGACAACCAGGAGACCGGCGAACACGUCCUGAUCCUCCAUAUCACGGUGGAUCUAUCACUGACAUGGAAACUGGUUUAAUCAACCGUGGAGCCACGACCAUCAGGGGUCAUGUCCCAGUGAGACCUAAUGGGGGCCGUCUAUCAGCGGACAGCGGGGCCAGGGUCCCAAACGAUUUCUCUGAAUAUCCAGACCAGGCAGAGCUGCCUCGUAGCCGCAGCACUGAUGAUGACUUGUUGCCGUCCCGACGAGGCCUGACAGACCUAGAAAUUGGUAUGUAUGCCCUGCUGGGAGUCUUCUGCCUGGCCAUCCUGGUUUUUCUCAUUAACUGCAUCUCUUAUGCGUACAAAUACCGUAGCAAGCAGCUGUCCCUAGAGGCCCCGGAGGCAAUGCCACAUGCCCACGACUGGGUUUGGCUGGGCCAGGACGAGGGGCUAUGUCUGCAGCAACAGCAACAGGACGAGCUGGGCGGUACCCUUGAAGAGGGUAGUCAACUAUUGAAUGGAGGCAUCCAGCGUGGUAAUACUGGUGUGGGAGGCUGUAGUUCGAGUGGGAGGGAUCACAGAAAUGAGUCACUUAACUCACCCACCACCAAGAGAAAGAGGGUGAAGUUCACCACCUUUUCCAAUGUCAAGUCCAGUAAUGGAUGUCCCGUGCUCAGCCCAUUAGCACUCGUGCAGACCAGUGAGAUAAAAUGGGUAUGUCCGGACAUCGAGCUUGGGGACUCAAAGGAUCUUAGGAACUACAUGGAAAAGCUUAAUGAGAAUGCAAUUAAGAACAUUGUAUAGGGGGUGCUGGGUGUUUUCAAUGAACUAAAGAGAAACUCACCUGAAUGCCUUCAGAAUAAGGAGGGAAUGAGGGUUUGGAGGGAAGAAAGGAAAAAAGUGGUGCAGAAAACAGACUGGGGCAUUGAACUGCUUCUCACCAUAACAACAGGAUAGCGUGUUUAGCCUCUGUUGUUUCCGAGACAGUGCUCAGAAGGGUAAAGCAACGGACCACGACAAAACAUGAUUUGCCACGACACCACAGCAUAUUUAUGGGGGCAAAAACGUGAACUUGAUAUUGUUGCUUAACUUAAAUGUAUGUUGUUUGUCUUUAUUUGAGGUUCGGUUUCCUUUUCUAUGCGCCAUGUACUUUGUUUUACAUUUUCUUUAUUACUUCAUCAUGUUUUAAUGUUGUAUUUGUUGUACUUUUUGCAGUUUGUUGCUUUUUUAAGAGUUGCUGUAUGCACCAUAUGUACCACAUGUCAGCAAUUAUAGAUUCUAGGAAAGAAGAGUUAAAAGCAAUUUUGUAUUGUAUAUAAAUGCAGAGUUUGAUUUGGAGAUAUUCUAUGUAUGGUAACAUUUUGUAAAGUGCAGUUCGGUUUUUCGGUUUGGUUUUGUUUGUAGUUUAGUUUUUGUUUUGUCUCCAGAAACCAGAUCCAUGCAUGAUGUUAUUAAAGAGGAGGCAUGUGUGUCUGAUCUGGUACCUGAAAUCAAAGUGUGUAGAUACCAAUACCUCUGGAGACAUGUCAGUUUAAUAUGAUUGCAUUCAUUCAUCCUUGAGCUGAGUUUUGGGUUGGUUUCAGUAUGUUGGUAUUGGUUUAAGACUUUUUGUUAGCACGUACAUUUCUCCUUCUUAUGUUAAAGUUAUAAUUUAAGCGACCCCCUUUGAUUCAGUUGCAUACUUUAUAUAAAGUGGAGUUUUUACACUGCUUUAAACCCUGAUAAUACAAAUUGAAAAAUGAUUUGGUCACAUUCCACAGAAAACCACUGAUCACCAUCAAGAGAAUCAUAGACAAUCACAUGAAUAAUGUCUGGAUCAAUCCCUUUUCAUUUCUAAUGUUCCAUAAAAAUCAGUCCAGUUUACUAUGGCCUACAAUAGGUGGAGAUCAGUUCUUAAAACUACUGUGUGUGACUUUUUGGAUCUCAGAAAAGGUGUCAUGACGGUGAAUAAUCAAACUGUGAAGUGAAAGUCCGAAAAGUCUGACCUCUUCGCUCCUUUUGUCAUAUGUCAGUAUUAGUCAAGUCCAUCCUUUUCUAUCUCUGUUUUAAAAAUUGGCUGCUGGACUAAUUAAAACUGAAGGUGACUCUUCUCCA